AUGGCCCACGGGACCAUGGUGGAUCUGUGCCACCAGAGCCCUGUUGUCCCUGGGGCCAUGUCAGGGUCAGGCCCCACCAAGGUCAGGCCCUGCCUGCAGCUGCACAAUCUCCAGUCAGCGGGUCAGGAGCUGCAGGAGAAGCUGCCCUGGUCCCUGGACUUGAUCAUCUUCCCUGAUGACUGUGAGUUCAAGCGGGUGCCUCAGUGCCCCAGCGGGAGGGUCUACGUGCUCAAGUUCAAGGCAGGGUCCAAGCGGCUCUUCUUCUGGAUGCAGGAGCCCAAGACUGAUCAGGAUGAGGAGCACUGCCGGAAGGUCAACGAGUAUCUGAACAACCCCCCAAUGCCCGGGGCACUGGGCGCAAGUGGGAGUGGGGGCCACGAGCUGUCUGCGCUAGGCGGCGAGGGUGGCCUACAGAGCCUGCUGGGCAACAUGAGUCACAGCCAGCUGAUGCAGCUCAUCGGGCCUGCCGGCCUCGGAGGACUGGGUGGGCUGGGGGCCCUGACUGGGCCAGGCCUGGCUAGUUUGCUGGGGAGUGGUGGGCCUCCAGGGAGCAGCUCGUCCUCUAGCUCCCGGAGCCAGUCGGCAGCAGUCACCCCGUCCUCUACCACCUCUUCUGCCCGUGCCACCCCUGCCCCUUCUGCUCCAGCAGCUGUGUCGGCAACCAGCCCAAGCCCCGCGCCCAGCUCUGGUAAUGGAGCCAGCACAGCCACCAGUCCUACCCAGCCCAUCCAACUGAGUGACCUGCAGAGCAUCCUCGCCACCAUGAACGUGCCGGCUGGGCCAGGCAGUGGCCAGCAGGUGGACCUGGCCAGUGUGCUGACGCCCGAGAUCAUGGCACCCAUCCUCGCCAAUGCUGACGUCCAGGAGCGCCUGCUGCCCUACCUGCCCUCCGGGGAGUCGCUGCCGCAGACUGCAGAUGAGAUCCAGAACACACUGACCUCGCCCCAGUUCCAGCAGGCCCUGGGCAUGUUCAGCGCGGCCCUGGCCUCGGGGCAGCUGGGGCCCCUCAUGUGCCAGUUUGGCCUCCCUGCAGAGGCUGUGGAGGCCGCCAACAAGGGCGAUGUGGAAGCAUUUGCCAAAGCCAUGCAGAACAGCGCCACGUCCGAGCAGAAGGAGGGGGAGGCCAAGGACAAGAAGGAUGAGGAAGAGGACAUGAGCCUGGACUGAGUGCCCUGCUGUUCCCUGGCCUGGCGUGCUAGUCCUGACCAUGGUGGUGGCAUUUGUGUUGUGGCUUACCUGUACCUCUGUCCAUCUUACACUAAUAAAGGCUUUUCUUUACCUGCCA